AACAGCAGGCCUUGACACUAGCUACUCGUGUCUAUAUCGCACGUGACAUCACACAAUUCUCCGUGCCACAGCCGCCGCCAGUGGCCGUGAGAAUUUUCGAAUCCGCUUAAAACGUGGCGAAGCAAGCAGCACCUCCACAGGCCUGUUUACUUUUCUUCAACACACAUUCAAAGACACACCACCGCCAAUAUAUAACGCAACAAUGUCCUUCCCAGAAAAGAUGGCGGAAACAGCUACAAGUUCCAGAGACGAUCUCAUCGAUCCUUCCAUUCCAAAGCACGAGGCCUUUGCCGAGACACAAACAGAGACGCUUGAGACGCCAGGCGAGACCGCCGGAUUAGGCCAGACUCCCGAGGCAACGGUCCCAGGCGACGACAAGAAGUUUGUCUGCAAGGUUUGUAGCCACUCGUUUACCCGCAAACACAACUUGGUGUCGCACGAGCUUAUCCACACCCAGGAGAGACCCCACACAUGCUCGGUGUGCUCGUCAAAGUUCCGCCGGUUGCACGAUCUCAAGCGUCACGAGAAGUUGCACACCGGCGAGAAGCCGUAUGAGUGCGCAAAGUGCGCGCGAAAGUUCGCACGUUGUGAUGCGCUCGUGCGGCACAACAACUCGCAGACGGGCUGUGCGCUCGACGAGUCGGACUCGCCGAAGCAGUUCCGUCCGCCAAACAGCGUUGCGAAUGGCGGAAACUUGGCCGCGUGGAAGGCGCGCGACGCCAAGAAGGGCUACGAAACGGGCCAGUGGAAGAUCUCUCCCGCGUUGCCAUCCAUCAACAAAUUGGCCGGCAGCGCGCCCGCCGCGUACAUGCACACGGUGCCCGCGGCCGCGCAGUCCGAGACGCGCUUCAGACCCACCGCGCAGGGCUUGACUGAGCGCGAGUACGAGUUUUUGACGUACGCGCGCAGCUUAGAGAGCCGUGUUGCGGUUUUGGAAAGUCGGUUGGGUGCGUUGGAGAAGACUGAGGUCUACAACUGAGCGCAGACUCCUGUAUAUUAGCCAUUUGGCGCUGGUUCGGUAAGUGAGAGCGAGCGCCGCGAGCUCGAAUAAGGCAUGAUAUGGCAUUGGGUAAGGUUAAUUGUAUAGUAAUUUCCUGAAUGCGUCAGAGGUUUGUCGGCGAUCAUGUAGUACGUACUAUUGGGGCAAGAGUUGGGUAUCUGGACUGGGAAAGUUGGUAGUCGGUGGAACAGUAUAUAUUUUAUACGAGAGAUGACUGGAGCUUCCGUUUUCGCAUAGUUGAUCCAGGGUUUACCGUGGAGAAGCUAUUUGAGUCAGAAUUUUGCAAAAAAAAAAGCAAGGAGUAUUAUAUUAACAUUUAUUUCCAGCUAUUCCUAAUCCAUCAUUUACAACCACGAAUGCAUCCUCAAGUAGCUGUUAUAGGAUUUCG